AUGGAUAAUAAUGCUAAAGAAAUGAAUUCCAUAAUAGAUAAGAACAGAACCGAAAAUGUAAAUAAAUAUAUUUAUUCUAAAUUUCCUACUUUUGAUACUCAUAAAAAAAUAAAACAUUAUAAUAACAAAAUAUCGGAACUGAUAUUAGAAAAUGAUAAAUUAAAAAAAUAUAAAAAGAAUUUAGAAAAGAGAAUAAUAGAAGAGAAUAAAACUUUUGAUGUAAAUUUUAAUAAAUAUGAACUAGCCAUAUCAAAUGCAUUACGUCUUGGUAGUGCAUGUAUAUAUCUAUGUAUUACAUUAAACAAAAUUAUAAGCAAAAAUAAAAUAUUAGUUUUGAGAGAAUUACUUAGAAAGAGAGAUGAAUAUAAAAAUAGUUUAAUUAAGUCAUACAUUGGUAAAAACACCUUUAACAAAAUGUUUAUAAAUAGUAUGAUUAAGAAAAUAGAAAGUGUGUAUGAAAAAAACAAACAUUUUGUAACAAUCAUAUUGGUUAUAUUGAUAAAAAGUAAGUUAAGAUAUUCUCUUAAAUCAUUCAUUAGAAAUGUUCUAGAUAUACCUAGUAGAUAUAAAAAUAUGUCUUCCAAUUUGGAGUUCAAAAGAUACUGUUCCAAUCAAUUGGGUUCUACCUCUAUGAAGCUUAAUACGAAGGAUAGAAUAAAAUACACAUUUGGAUUCAUAAAACUAAUAGAUGUUUUAAAAAAUAGAAUUUAUGCAACUGUUCGAAUUAGCUUUCUUUACUUAAAGUAUAUCAAUAAUGACACGUAUAACAUAUAUGGAUGGGGUGUUAAUAGAUCCACUAAUAACAACCCUUCCUCCAAAAAAGAAAAUAUGCAGCUAGUACAAAAUGAUUCAGAAAUGGAAGUAAAUAUGAAGGAAAAACUGAAUGGAUAUAGAUUUGAAGGAAUCACAGGGAAUCAUGUGAAUGAGACAGGAACCAGAUGUACAAAGAAAUAUAAUUGUAAGGAUACUAGAUAUAAUGAAGAAGAGGAAGGGGAAUUGGAAAAGGAUAUUAACUUUAAAGAGUACGAUAGUAAUUUUAAACUAUUGAAGCAGAAUGAUAUGGUAGGGGACAAGCAAAAAAUAAUACAAUCUAAUGUACACACGCAAGAUGAAUAUAUUAACUUAGAAAAUGAUGGCUCAAGCCUUAGUAGCUAUUUACCACGACCAAGAGAUGUCUAUAAUUAUCUGUACUACCAGGAAUUACUAAAAAUAAAGGAAAAAUUUCCUGAAAAAUUUUUACAUAGUCGAAAUGAUGAUUUUAAAAAUUAUGCAAAUUAUGCAAAUAACAUGGAAUCAAGUGGAGAAAUAUGCUAUCUACGCAAAAAUGAUAAAGAAAGAAAUGCAUCCAUAAGAAACCUUCUCAGUUACAAAUUGGAUUAUGGUGAAGGGAAUACUACUUCUGAGGGGAAUGAUCAGAUGAGAGGAAAUAAUUUAAUUCCUAUUAAUAAGUACACUUGGAAAAGAGGAAAUAAAAUUGAUUGCCGUUUCACUGAAGAAUUUUCAAAUGCAGCUAAUGACCUGAACUUUAGUAUUUACAAAGGGGGGUUAUCUGAUGGAAAAUUUGAUCACGUUUUGUUAUCACAUGAAGAGGUUGGUAGGGAUGUGAAAAUUGCAAAAACGAUUGAAGAGCUUUUUGAGAAAAAAAAAAAAUUACGCCUUAAUUUAAAAAAUGAUCUGACAUGCAAAUAUUCAGAAAAUAAGCACAAUUAUGGAUCUAACAUGGAAAAGUUAAACAUUGUUAACGGGUCAAGUGCUUAUAAUUCAAAUUCCCAGUUAAUAAAGGAUGUAAAAGACUGUUCCACGUCUUUUAAUGCAUUCAUGUGUGAAGAUAAUUUAAGAGAAAAGAAGAAUAAUCCAUUUUAUCGAAAUCAAAAUGUGGAAGAAGCACGAGAAGAAAUUCAAUAUUAUCAAGAGGGAGACUGUGAAAAACUACAAGACGAUUUAUAUGAAAUUGAAAAUUACACAGGAAGUGAAAAUAUCAAAACAAUGUUAUCCUUGAGUAAUAUUAAAAAUGAAUUUAAGACUAUGUUUUCCCAAUUUAAUGAGCCUAAUAUGGAGAAAUAUAAUGAGUCCAUACAUGUGGAGAACCAAAAUAUGUGUGAUCAAAAAAUUGAACAAAUAAAACAUGGGUUAAGUAGAAUCACUCACAAAAAUUUUUUAUGCCUAGUUGGUCAAGGCCCACCAGAUGAUCUGGGCGUUUAUUCCAAAGACAAGCAUAGUUUUGGUGAGGAUGAUCGUGUUAUGAGUAUGAUGGAUGUGAAAAACACGUGGGGAAAUAAAGAAAGUCCUAAAAUAAUAUGUACUAUUCGGAAGUGA